AAAGAUCACACAUGACUAUAUUUAGGCUUACAUAUUGAGAGAAUUUGAUGAAUCAAAGUAGUUAGAUGAACAGUUCAAAAGUGUGGACAAAUACAGAAAGCUCACGGAACCUAUUUAAAUUUAGUCUAAUACGGAGUGUAUAUUUAUACUCCUGACUCUCUCUGGUGUCUGGAUAAUCUUAACCCUCGAUCGCUCUUGUGAAGCUCCUUUUCUGUUGUCCCUCUCUUUCUUGUAGGCCCUAAGAAUUCCUCAUAGAGAUUGAAAUUCCGGUGAAGAUCGCAAGAAACAUGUCAGCCGGUAUCGCCCACGGUCGUCUGGUGGAGGAGCGGAAGUCGUGGCGCAAGGAUCACCCCCAUGGUUUCGUUGCUAGGCCUGAGACGCGCGAGGAUGGUACAGUUAACAUGAUGGUGUGGCAUUGCAGUAUUCCUGGAAAGGCAGGGACUAUUUGGGAUGGAGGUUACUACCCUCUGACAAUGCACUUUAGUGAAGACUACCCAAGCAAACCACCAAAGUGCAAACUGCCCCAAGGAUUUUUCCACCCCAAUAUCUAUCCUUCAGGAACAGUUUGUCUUUCAAUCCUCAAUGAAGACAGUGGUUGGAGACCAGCCAUUACAGUGAAGCAGAUUCUGAUUGGUAUCCAAGAUUUGUUAGAUCAGCCAAAUCCAGCGGAUCCUGCUCAAACUGAUGGAUAUCAACUUUUUAUUCAGGACCGGACGGAGUAUGAUCGGAGAGUUAAACAGCAGGCCAAGCAAUACCCUCCUCCAUUGGCCUAAAUAGUUGUCAACAAUACUUGUUUGGUUUUGUUGUAACGUUGACAAGAAUUUUCAACAUAGGUUAGCUAGUUUAUUUGUGUUGAUUUCCUGACUUUGAUUCUAUUUCUUGUUCUAUAUUACCAAAGAGUAUGAAUUCAUGUUUUCUAGCUGUGGUGUGAUUAGAACAUAAAUUGGAAGUUGUAAUUUUCUUUUGGAGAAGGAAUUGCGCCCGUGUGGUCAUGCACU